AUGGAUCGAUCAUUAUCUCGCAAUAUUUGCGUGUGUGUCCGGGGAGGAAUGUUGGCCAGGAGGAGGAAAGCUUUCAUGAUCGAUCAUACACCGAUUCGUAAAUUCCUUUCCACAAGAACGCCUCUAAAGACUCAAGAAACCUUCGCAAAAGAUUCGGAAGCAUCCCCUUCCUCCCUCACAGAAGCUGAAUUUCUAUACCAACGGCCCAAUCGGAUUCGGCCUCCAAGUAAGAACACUUCGAACGUCUACCUGCAUCGAAUCCACUCCCUCCUCUAUCCACCACCCCCAUCGGAAAUAGCAGCAUUAGCAUACCGGAUACCCAACCUACCUAAAACUCUAGUCUCCCAACCAGAUUCAUUGAAAUGGGUCGAAAGGUGUUUGGUCUCUCCAAGCUUUUGGCAGGGUAUUGAAGAAGGGGAUGUGAGAAUUGAUGACUUGAAGAAAUCUAUCUCGAAAUGGGUCGUCAAUCGAUCGUCAGCUGGACAGUCUAAAGGUCCCCAACCAAUGUAUUUGCCCGGGAAAGUCACGGCAACAAUCGCACCCGAUCAGUCGAUGGACGCUAAUGUCAAAAUGCACCCCUUCGGUUCGAAAAGAAGGAGUGAACUGCGCGCCCAGCAGGCUGGUAUUGAUCCAGAUGUCGAUCUACUGGACCCAGAACCCAAUUGGAGAGACAACUACCCCAAAUUCACCAAUUUCCUCGACGAGGAAAAACUCCACAACGAGGAGCUGGCGACACUGGGCAAUAGCAUUCUCGGUAUGCUUGGAUCGGAGUGGCUGGACAGACGGUAUCCUUACCUUCCCACAAAAGCUUUUCAGGCCGCCCUGACCAUGUAUGUGGGACCUCGGACGUGCGCUGAUGUCGCAAGACUCUGGGGUGUUUCAUCAGGAACUGGACUCUCAAACUUGACGGUCGAAGGCAAACCAAAGAUCGAAAGUGCGGGAGUUUAUGCAGGAGGAAUCUUCGAUCUCGACGGAAAACCUAAAAACAAAGGUCAAAAGCAUAAGCAAGACGGUAGCAAGGGAGAAGAAGUCUCACAUCCUGGCCUUCUACGAUGGCGGCGGGCCGAUGCAUUCGCUAAAGAUAAAGAGAUCGGCUUGAGAGCGUCGGCGUUCAAACAAGGUGUCCUAUACGAAGAUGCGAUGGCCAGUGUUUCUAGGGCUUUUGUCGGGAUGGUCUACUCUUUACAUGGGAUGAAAGCUGCCAGACAAUUCGUUCGGGCAAACUGGUUCAGUCGCAGAGCGCAAGUAGGCGAUUUGCUGAAGUUUACCAAUCCAUUUCUGGUACUCAAGUAUACUUUGGCCAAGUAUCAUCGCGAGCCGCCUGUUGCAAGACUGUUACGUGAAAGUGGAAGCGCCUCAGCCACUGCGAUUUUCGUUGUUGGUUCUUACUCUGGAUCUCUGAAGUUGGGGGAAGCGUUUGGUACCUCGAAGAAAAUGGCUGAAUACCGAGCACACGAGGAUGCCCUACGCAGGAUUUACCUAUCGCCAGGGCUUGAGGACCAACCGCUCGGAUCGGACUUCCCGCCUCUACCGAGUGACACGUUGAUUGAAUCGGAGGGAUACGUGUAUCAAGCGCCCAGAACCCUGGCCGAUUUGGAGGUCGACGAGGGUAGUGCAGUCAACCGAUCCGGCCGUAUGGCUGACGAGUCUUUCGAGGAUAUCAUGUUGGCUUCUCGGCAAGAUAGCAUGGCUAAGUUUGAGAAAGCUUUGGCCUCCCGCUCCGCCUCAUCUGCCUAA